AGCACGUGCUAAAAUCUAGAGAAAACCAGUGAGUUGGAAAUUAUGAAAUUAUGGUUGUAAUUUUAGGUAUGGUUUAUAAGGUAAAAAACAUAAAGACUUGAAUUAGUGUUGUGAAGGAGGUAAUUGCGACAAUGAUAUUUUUUAACAAGUUAACUUGCAAUCUGUCGGGAAAAAUAUUGUGUAUCUUUGAAAGUUGUUUUGUUGGAAGGGAAGACUUCUGAAUCAUUGGCACCGGAGACCGACCAUAGGAAAUGACUUUGAAGCGUAUAAAAGUUACUCAUAUCGCAUUACUUAGAAUGAACCGGCUAUGAAAAAAAAAAAUAUAUAUUGAUUACUCAUUGAAGUAGUGCAUAUGGUGUCCAAAUCAGGACUGUAUCGAAGCGAACGUUAUCUUCGAAGGGGGAGUCUAGGAGAGGGGUACGGGGCAGGGAGAGAGGGAGGAUGACGAUAAAUGUUUAGUCAUGGCUCACAUCAAGUUGGCUCACGUACCUGCCCCACGCACACCCUUGGAUCGCUUUUCUAGCCGCACCACACGCCGUUGAAAGGAGGGACUCUCGUGUUCCCCUCAGUAAACACGGCUGUUGCAAUUAAUAGUCCUGCUGUGUUACUUAAUAGGCACCGGAAGCCAUGGAUGGAGUUCGAGCCACAGUCCUGGAUGCUGCGACCACCCCACCAACACUGACGAGCCUCUUGCACGACGAUCCUCCCUCGACACCCCGCCCUGCAUCACCGUGUGACCACUACUUUUAACCCGGCAAAGCACCUCUUCUUCUGCAGGCAAAUCACCCCUGUUGUAGAAUGAGCUUUCCCGACUGCGUCUCGACCGGUAGCUUAGGUUGUGGUCAAGAGGGUCGCAAGGCAGGUGAGGAAGGGGUGACGCCUCCCGGGGACACAGCUUAAAGUCACAGGAGGAAAGAGGAAGUGGGGAAAUGGCCGAUGCGACGGACGGCGAUAGUGGCGAAGAGGAAUUCUUAGACUGCAGUGGAGUAUCUCCGGCAUGCCUCUUCCACAGAGAGGAGUGCAGUCUUUUUGCAAUUUCCGGAGGGAAUGUGGUCAUAGAAGAUUUAGAAGAAUUAGAUAUAAAUUCAGAACCAAAGGCCAGAGAUGAAAUUCUAUCAAGUGCCUUAGCAGAAGAUGAAGCAGCCACAUCAGGAAGCUUAAGUCACAGCCAUUCUCCCCAACAGACAGACACAAGUACCGCAUGUGAUUCUGUUGUGACUGAACCUUCUUCCUCUUCUUCCUCUUCCCCUUUAUCACCGAAAGUAUGUCACAUAGAUAAUCUACCGAAUGAGAUACUAUUAGAAAUAUUUUCUUACUUUACCGUGGUCGAGUUGUUUGCCAUUAUCUCUCCAGUUUGUACAAGAUGGAGGAGAUUAAGUCAAGAUCCAACACUCAGGAAGAAACUGGUUUUUUCCUUCCAACGACCAGUUGCAGGCGACAGGAUCUGUGAGCUGCUGGCCGGGUCUCCGCACCUGCUUUCCCUGGAGCUGCAGAGCCGUGAAGAUGGCGGAGACCUGCUUCGUCAGGCAGCUACUUCUUGUAAGAAGCUCCGGGAAAUCACAACAAAAUUUUGUGAUGGACUGAAUGAGGACGUUCUUAGGGCUUUGGUGGAGAACUGUCCGGAUAUCAGGCAUUUUAAUGCAGAAGGCUCUCGAAUCAGUUGCAGCGAAUGUUAUUUUGCAAUUGCAGAGUUUCAUAACCUAAGGCACUUGAAUUUGUCACACUGUCAGUUCUUGGAUAACUCGGGCCUUGUUGCAAUAGCUAAACAGUGUCGCCAGUUAGAAUACUUAAACAUAGACGGCAUUACUAAAAUUUAUGACUAUUCCGUAGUAUGCCUAACACAGGAAGUUGGUCCCUCUCUAAAGUUUUUGUUCUUGGACGGAGAAAAUCUGACUGAUGCUUCGUACACUUCCCUGGCAGCUUGUAAACACCUCAAAAUGCUCGGAGUUUCAUUCUGCGAGCAAAUGACAGAUGUUGGGCUGUCUGGUAUUACUGGACUCUGUGAACUGACGUGGAUGAAGCUACGCAAGGGCGUCCACCUGACUUCAAAAGGCUUACAAAGUUUCUUUAGCAGUGGCCACCUGUCAAACCUGACUCACUUGAACUUAGGAGAAUGCAGCUCAAUGAACGAUGAUGUCUUAUUUGCAGUAGCGGAGAAGUGUCCACGUCUUACGAAUGUUGUCCUGCAUUGGUGUUGGGAUAUAACUGAUGUGGGCAUGACUGCCUUAGUAUCCAAUUGCUCACGGCUGCGAGUGCUAGAUUUAGUGGGCCUGGUUCAACUCACUGGUACUUCCUUCGUUAACGUUCAAACUGCACUGCCAGAUCUGCUCAUUCUGGACUUGGAACAGUGCAAUACUAUCAAUGACACUAUCCUACAGCGUAUCGUAGAAGAACAGCCUUCACUAACAGUUUUUGAUUACUGGGGCGAUCCAGUAAUGCCUCCAAACCCAAAAGACUCGGACAGCUCCGAAAAUGUAGGUUGACUGCCCUGGCUUUUAUCGCGGUUUUUGAAUGGAUUUCUGUUAACAAUAACUGCCAAUGGAGUCUUUUCAUUCCCAGACAGGGAAAUCUGAACAUAUCUUGGAAAAUUGGGGAUAAUUUGGGUGUUUUCUAGUAAUCGUAAUAAUAUGCUUAAUUGUUUUGUAAGUAUUUAAUUAGUAAUAAAAUAUUCAUAUACACUGUCAGAAAAUGUAGAUCAUGAAUUGGAUGUAAUGUUUUCAUUUCAUGAUAUUGUAUUGCUUAUUUUUGCUGAAAACAUAGUGCCAUAAACAAAAUAAACAAAAUCUUACAACCAGGAACACUGUUUUCUUUGUAUGGCAUUGUAGUUUCUUUUUGUUAAACACUUUUCAGAGGACAUACCAUAAGCAUACAUAAAUGCUAUGUUGAUUAUGUAUUUUUAAUGAUCAAACUAUGAUUAAAUGCAAAUAUCAAGAUAUGCCAUUUUUUAUUUCAUGGACUGCUGUAGUUCAUAUUUUGCCAGUAUCAGUUUGUGUGCGGAUGGUUUGAUAAAGAAAAGAAUAACUGCAAAUGUAUUUUAUUACGUCGCAUAGCAAAAUAGUCAUCAUGGAGCCAAGGAAUUAUUGAUAGUAUUUCAUAUUUGGAAUUAAGGUUGGAAAUAGUGUAUAUCUUAUGAAGAUGUAAUAUGUAUAUGGUUUGGUUCUUUAAAGAUCCAUAUUGUAAAGGUUUCUAUUGUUCCAUGCGGCUUACCCAGUAGGGAAUGGUCUUUUUAUGUAUCAUGAUUGAUAAUGCCAUGUGUUGGCAGGUUCAAGUACAUUUCAUUUUAAACGAAAUUUGAAAUCAGUGUACUCCUUACUGCAUGUAACUUUUAAACGUCACUGCUUGUGGUGGCUGUUACCAUGACACGACUUGCUGGAAUACUUUUUGUGUUGCAUUUUGUACUUAUAUUUUGUACUAUAUGUGAAUUUAAAAAUUGGAUUAAAAGUUAUUUUUAUUUGA